GUUCGCCCUCACGUGUGUUUGUCUGGACAACAAUGACAAGUUGUGUUGUUGUGUUGUGUACGCUGGCUGUGCUGAUAUUUUGGGAAGGUCAUUGUCACACUUAGAGCUCAGGCAUGUGUUUGGAGGGCUCAGAUGCCAGCUUGUCAGCAUGCGCUUGCUCCGGUGUCAAAUAGUCCUGCUGCACCAAUGCACCAAGUUGGAAUUCUCCUGGGAGCAAAGUGAGGUGUAGGACCUCUCCUUGGGGUCAUGUGACCACAGCAAGUCAUUCAGUACUUUUGUGUGGUGAAAAUGAAAGUGCGUGACAGUACAACACUUGCCCAAUAUUCCUCUUUAUUAUCAUCUAACCCACUUAACCACACCCCCCCCACUGCCUUCCCUCAACCCCAUCACUGUCCAGAAGGUGCACAAAACAAACAUCACCAUCUUUGCAGGGGGUUGUGGCUUUUAGCGUACAAAAUAACACGAUCAUGUGUACGUGGAGGCGGUGUUUGCUUUGCUAUUUUUUAUACUUAUUAUUCUUAUGUUUUCAUGAUACUUUAGCUACAGGGGUAAUGUGUGUGGUUCUGAGCUGUGAUUCAGUGGUUGGACUAUAUUGCCUGUGAGUUAGAGACAGACCAAGAGAGAAGAAGAGUUGGUGAGUUAAGUGUGGAGUGCGUCUUGUUGGAAGGUAGAAAGCAGGGGUCACCAACAUGGUGCCCGCGGGCACCCGGUAGCCCCCCACGACCACAUGAGGUGCCCGCAAGCCUGCUUUUCAUUCAGGUUUUCAGUUAAUAAUGACAGAACAGUAGAAAGAAAUGCCUUCUGAAAUACAAAAUAUGAGUUGUGGACACCAGCAUUUUGUUAAUGUUCUGGUAAAACAAGCAUAUUCACUUUGUUUGGGUUUAAAAUAAGCUCUGAAAAUAAAUGUUACAAAAAUGAGUAGCUCUUGGCCAUUUUCAUUUUGGAAAAGUAGCUCUCACAAGGAAAAACGUUGGUGACCCCUGGUAUACAGUGUCGUAUGGUAGACGCCAAUAAAAUGUGAUUUGCUAUCAUUCUGCCAACAUUACAAUAUUUUAUACUCACUUAUCUAACACAGUUGAUAAUUGCCUUGUAUUUCUCAAGUCAAUGACAAUAAAGCUUUAGUACACGUGGAAUCCAAAAAAGGAUGUAGAGUCCAAGUUAAUACUGCCAUGCUUUUAUUUUAAUGCUUAUUUUGCACUGAACAGGAAGUCAGUGCAUUUUUUUUAUGCUGAGUAAUUAGACAGUAGUUUUGUUGUGGUUUCACACUGCUUAGCGACGACGAUGAAGUUGACAAUAACACAUGUCGACAUAAGCGGCAUUUUCAUAGAAAAAUGGCUCUCAUAUUUUAUGUCGACAAAAGCGGUUGACGACGUAUUGUCUUGUUUUAUUAAUAGUAAAAGUAAGAAGAAGAACACGGAGGACCAGGACUUGAUGAGUUGGUCGACAUAAACAGGUUGUCAACAUAAACGAGACCGACUUAUGUAGCGAAAGAAUUGUCAUAUAAAAGAGCGGAUGGGCGUUUGGGUUAUGUUUAUGGUGGAGUAUACUGACAAGGGAAAAGAGUAACUUUGCUUUUUUUGGAAUUUUGCAAAAUCAUCGACAAUCCUUAUGUGAGAAAUGAACACACGUCUUUCUCUUUUCCGUGCGUUCAAAAGAUACAAAAACAGAUCAAAUGAGACAGUUCAUUACUGCACGUAAUGGGACACACCCAAAAACCUCCAACAAGGUUUUGUUGUUUUAUAUCCAUGCUGUGACCAUGUAGUAACAGGUACAUUCAUGAUAACAUGUAAUACUUACAGUAUUUUGCUGUAUUUUGGUCCUUCCAAGCAUUACCGGAACUUCCUUCCUGGGUGCAUUGAUUUCACAUAGCGAUAUAGAAACGCUAUGUGGUGUGGCUACACCUAGCGUAGGAGCCACUUAUGCUUUGUGUUGCGAUAGUUAUUUGGCUUAUUUUGGUGCUGGUCUUUUAAUUGUGUGGAAGGAAUUAUAUUUUGUUUGACCACUGGUGGCGGUACGGAGGCACAUUAUUUAAGUGCGGAAGUGACAGGGCACGGGUUGGGGUGACGGGAGGUCACACGGUUUUUACCGCUCGUACCAUACAGACUCACCUGGACAAUCAGCUCCACUCAUUCUCGCUGCAUCAGACCUCCACAUUCACAUACAUACAACCUGAUGACAUACACCACAACUCUACAAACAGCCGAUUCAUUCAUUCAUCAUGUGCAAUAAACAGGACUAUACCUAAUCAUCUGUCCGGACUUUGUUUAUUUGGAGGGCGUUAUGACCUGGAUCCCCCGCACACAGAAGCAAUUAAAUGGUCGGACAAGAUAGUCGCUACAGCAUUAGCUGUUCCAAACUGAAAAACAAAAACAACAGCAGCAGGAGGCUGCAGCUCCGAAAUGUAGCGUUUACCUUUUGGUAGUGGCCUGAGGCAUUGAGAGCGCUGCAAGCGAGUGUGUGGUGAAGCUAUUUGCUAGUUGGUUAGUAGCUACUUUGUGUGGUGUGGCAAUUUGCGGCUUAUUAUUAGUAAAAAAUACGCAUAUUUACGCCCCCUAUUAUCCUUGGCGUCAAUUUGACCCCAUCCAAUGUUGUGAUUCAAAAAAUAGUAGCUGACUUUUUGUUUUUUGCUUCAGAUUUCAUGACCUUUUCGAAAUUGGCUACUACUCAUUAAGCAUAAAAGGAUCGUGGUUCAAUCUGCUAAACACAUACUGUAUUGCAUGCAUCGGUGUUCCUCUGAGGUCAGUUUGACCCCAAGCUGCUUUAGCGGUGAAAACCCUGUCUGUCUGUGUGUGACCCAUGUGUGACUGAACAUCCGCACACCUGCAGGUGUGAGGUUGAUACUUUUGAGUUGAUACAGUACAUGGGAGAUGGGAGACUAUAUAUCAUAUUUACUAUAUAUUCCACCAACACAGCUUCGCCAAGGUCCACACUAGGAUCAUUAGGACAUUUAUCCUCUUCCACCACGAUAAGGUGGUAGUUCAAGGAGGAUCGUGUACAAGAGUGGGAACGUGUCCUGGCAAGACCCAGGACACGUUGGAGAGACUAUGGCUGAAACCCAAUUCCACCCAUUACCCCUUAUCUCAGCCCUUACCCCUGGGUUUUGUGUUUUCACAAGAAUCAAGUGGUGUCCCAAUUCUCCUUAAAUCAAGGGGUAAGUGCUAAGGGGUGUACAGCCCUAGAAACCAAGUGGGGUCGGGGACCAGGCUUGAAACGAAGGGGUAGGAGGAGUUUACUUGGAUGCAACACUCCAGCUGAAAGGACGGCAGAACGGAGACCAAAAGAAGCAUAUGGGGUGUUAUUUCAUGUCUAGAAGGCUGUAAUCAUGUUAAAACACGGAUUUAAAAGGUCACAAACAGGCUUUCUAUGCUCUAACUACGAAAAUAUUCCAUUUGUAAAUACGAUGCACUCAGCUCACGACACAAGACGAUUCACAAUAUGUUGUUCAUGAGAACGAGAUGAGACAGUAUUUUAACAUUACUUUUAGGAAAACUACAAUGACAAAAGAAAAGACGCGAUAACCACUACAUCAAUUAACUGCACAAUAAAUAAAAAAGGGCUCGAUCAUUUUGCCGGCCUCGAUAUAUUCACAUGUGCAUGUGUUUUUGUUUUCCUCCUGUCUCACUAGCAAACAGGCUGGAUGAUAAGACGGUUCACUCUGCCUCAACACCUGGGUGCGUUGCUUCUAUAGCGGAAUGAACGGAGUGCUUGGACCCUCCUGUCAGUCAUUCAGUCUCUUUGUCCCAGUGGGGAGAGGCAGGGCGCUAGCAAAGUGCACACUGGUGUCGCGUGCUACACGAUCAAAUACUUUCUUCGCGCCUGUGGUGUAUAAAACACGAUCUGAUGUCAUUUUCAGCUCGGGUGUGCAUCGUCAUUGUGUGACAUGAAAAAGUUUGAGACAAAGACAAUUAAAUAAAUAAUACAAAACGGUGGAACUUGCCUUUCAGCUGCCGCGAUUCCCCACCUCUUUGUGCACCAAAUGCAUUUGGCUGCAUCCAAAACAUGUACUUUGACCAAACUCCGUCAAAACGGUACACCUGAUUAAACUGCAUAUGCCACACACAAUGUUCCUAAAAGUUAAUCAAGGAAGUGUAUAUGCACAUGAGCUGACGUCUGCAUUGACACACAAUGUGAACUUCAUAGUACUUUUGGGUUAUUUCUCCGUUUUUUGUCAAUAUUCAGACAAGAACGAACGUGACACAUUGUUUUCCAUCAUGUUUCUGCGGAAGGCGAAGUGUGUUACUCUUGUGCAAACUAACAAUGCAUUGAAGAACACUUCAGUUGCAUUGAAGUGCAAUUUUACAGAGACUUGAUUCUGCAUUUUAUUUAUCGUUUUUAUUGCAUGUACUGUAGUUUUUAGUGAAGGUUUUUUUUGUCAGUUUUGUUUGUUUUUGGUUAUGAUUGCCAUAGCAGUCUUAUGCAGCGAUCGUGUUUUGUGCUUCGACAUUAACACCGCGGCAGCUGUCCAAUUCCGCUGAAAAGAAGACACAUUUUGCGAGAGAGUGAUGCGGGGAAUACGGCGUGCAUUUUGGAUUGCAAGGUUUAUAGUGUGCGUAACACACCUCAUGCACUGCCACUUCCAUAUUCCGUGUAUUAUCAUUCAGGUUAUUCUUUAUUAAACUUCAAUUUUAUUCUGGUAGGACUGACAUCUUUGUCCUGGAAAAAAUCUAACUUUUGUCAAAUUGGAUCUAUAUUACAACUUUAUUAUGUACAGUGGAACCUCAGUUAGAGUACGCCCCAGCCAAAGUGUUUUUCAGUUAACGUUGAAAAUGUACACCAAAAUUUUCCUCGGUUUGUUUACAUUUUCCCUAAAAUACACCAUGUGUUAGGUCGUGUUAUUAAUACACUGCGUGAGUCCGACUGUGUUUGUAACGUAUCUUCUUCACAAAAUGUCCUUAGCCUCUAACAAAGAAGCUAGCUUGCUAACAAAAGUCAGCUACGUGGCCCGUCUUUGAUGUCCUCAGCGGUUGACUCUCAAAAUUGUUAACACAAAACACGUUUUUAUCAUUUUACAUGCAUAAAUCAAUUCUAAAUGCAUAUAGAUGAUGAAUGAAGGCGAUAAAUGAACUCUUAUGUUUAUACUUACCGUCAUUGAAGAAGUGAUUCUUGAUGUGAGUGUUCCCAAAAACGCAACGUGGCAGUGAGACACAACACGGACACCAUCAGUCCUGUUUUGUCAUGAAUUAUUUCUUGAAUUCAGCUCAUUUCGCUAACCUAGGUUCCAUUGUGUAUUCUAACUUUACUCUCAUAGUAUAAUUCUUAUUUGUCUUUUCAUUGUGGCCUUCAUUUUGCAUGGAUGUGUUUAUUUUGGUCAUCACAUGCACGUUGCUUACACAUUUGUGUGUGUGUGUUACGUGUCAGGUGUUACGUUACCACCAUCUUGCCUCUAGAGGGCAGUCUCAUCAAAUCCCACACUGUGGUCCGCCAGUUUGGUGUACAGUAGAUGCUCUAAAAUUAGACGUGUAUGCGUGUUUGUAUGUAUUGGCGGUUCUGGCUUGGUUCUGGCUAAACCAACUCAUACUGACUCACAAUUCCCUCCUUUAUAUUUAACAUUUACAGAGUGAAAUACAGUAACAUAUGUUAUAGACUCUUGGUCUGUGAUAUAAUUCAUAUAAUGUAAUAUUAAGAAUGAAAUUUGUUUUGCUUUUGAACAAUUACUGUUGUAAUUUACUUUUCUACCUUGUAAUUAACCUCAGGGCUGAGGCCCAGCGGCGAACUCACCAGUCUCACCCCCCACACUACUCACUUUUGAGCCACGUCACGUGGUGGAUGUUUGAUCACGUCUGAGCAGCAUGGGGGGUGCGAGUAUCCCGCCUGUAGACACCGCCCAUCAGCCUCACAUAUCCUGACUUGAGCAAUAAUAAAUAGGAUUUUAUUUAUUUCCCCUCGUCUUUGGCGCCCCCUAGAGGAUUCCGCCCUGUGCAACUGCCCGUAUGGCGCAUAGCUCGAACCGCCAGUUUGUGUACGUCUGUCUGUGUGUGUCUGUGUGUGUGUGUGUGUUGUGUGUGUAUGAUAUCGACUUUGCAAUGACCUAUUUUUUACACCCUACCUGACCUAUUGGAGUCAAAAUGAAUGGAAAAAUGUCCUGUGCUUUAAGAAGAUGUGCUGAAGACGGUCUUGGACUGUGCUGCAUUCCAUAUGUUGAUGAUGUACCAACGUUAACUGCACAUGCUAACUACACACCCAUUCCUUUGUGUGUGUGUGUGUGUGUGUGUGUGUGUAGAGGUUGUGGAUUUAUGGAAUAUUACAAACAAUAGAAGGCAGCACUCAUGCAGACAUUCCUCUGUGGACACACAUGCACACACACGCACACUGCCAUUGUUCUGCCCUUUCCCAAAUCACACUGAGAAGGUGUCUCUCGAUCCUCUGCCUGCUUUUUGGCUUCCUCUCCCAAGCAAUGACCUUUUAGAAGUUUGUGACCUCAGGUGUUGUUGGGGUGGGUGUAGUCAGUUGCCGUGAUGUGAUUGGCCAACAGGGAGGUGGGCGGGGGCCCCUUCCAGUGAGGGCAUGUCAGAGGAAUUCCACAAGGAGUGUUUGCAUGAGAAUUCAUCAUAGAGCACUCGGCCUGUUCUGUGUGGGAGGACAUGGAGGUGGACGCCGCCAGGACUCGUGAGGACUGUGCAGACAUGCACGCACGCCUAGCACAAACCAACCCGGACGCCGCCGAGUCCUCGCAGCAGACUUCUACAGAGACAAACAACAGUGGCGGCAGUGACAGUGACAGCGCCAGUGAGGGAAGCUGCCUGGAGGCCAUGACGGCGGACGGCCAGGACCACUACCUGAGGCUAGGACAUACCCCCCGGCGCCGCUCCGCCCUGCGCCUGUCACGCAUCAUUGCACGCCAGCAGCUGCUUCGACGGCUGGAGCAAGAGCUCGAGGCCAAGGAGGCGUGUGAUUGGCUGAGGGCGGCCGGGUUCCCUCAGUACGCGCAGCUCUACGAAGACUCACGGUUUCCUAUCAAUAUUUCCUCGGUGAAAAGGGACCAUGACUUUUUGGAUCGGGACCUGGUGGAGCCUCUGUCUCGGCGGCUCAACACUCUGAACAAGUGUGCCUCCAUGAAAGUGGAUGUCAGCCAUCCUAAGAAGAAAGGUGACGACUCAGAUGAAGAUGACCCUAUGGCCAUCAGUAAGCGUUGGACGUUCGAGUGGAGCAGCCGCCGUUGGUCGCGCCUGCAGGACCUCCUGUUGGACGGCGCCAGCGAGGGCGGGCCGGCGGGCCGAAGUGAGGGUCUGCGCAGCACGGCGAGCAGCGAGAGCGUGCUGACCGACCUGAGCGAGCAGGAGAUCACAGAGGUCUCGUCGCUCCACAGCGAGGACUCGGCCUCCACCAUGGCCGACGCCGUAUCGGUGGUGUCGCUGUCUGCGUCCUACCAGCCACCCGCGGAGCUGCCGCACUACAACUCCCUACCCAUCAAGAGCGGGCGCCACGGGCAAGGGGGGCGUAGCAAAGCCAAGGAGUUUCUGCGCCGAAUGGAAAUGAUGCGCACCUGGGGGCCGUCGACGAUGAGGAGGAGCUCAAAGCGCAGACCACCAAUGGUCAUCAGCGGGCCGGUGCUGCAGGGGGAGGAGCCUCUGGCCCUGCAAGUGCUCCAGUGUACGCCCAUCAGCCAACUGGAGCAGAACCUCCCCAAGCAGAGCACUCUGACUGAUGGCGAGAUGUCGCCGACUGACCUCAACAACGACUGCAACGACCUUUCCAUGAUGAGUGUCAGCCCCAUACGUGAGCCACCAGUGUCUACUGUGACCGAACACGCGUGUUCAAGAGCACGGACGGCCAGUAAGAGAAGCAGCAAGUACCUGGAAGACAUGGGGCUUCCCUCUCAAGGGAAGAGGACAGACGGACAGAGGAAUCACUUUUAUUCUUAUGAGAACCUCCUCAUCCACAUCCCCAAAGACCACAAGCCAGGAACCUUCCCCAAAGCGCUGUCUAUCGAGAGCCUGGCGCCCUCUCCCGGUGACGGUAGCAACAGCACCGUCCCUCGACCGUCUCCACCCAACAACAACCUAGACGACGUAUGGUCUAGAAGUGCUCUGUCCAAACCCCCCUGUCCGAAGGCUCCCCGGGGAAGCAGAGUGAGCGUGUACGACAAUGUCCCAGGUUCCCACCUGUAUGCCAGCACCGGGGACAUCCUGGACCUGGAGAAGGAGGACAACCUAUUCCCUCACCUGGACGACAUCAUCCAGCAUGUCAGUGGCCUGCAGCAGAUCGUGGACCACUGGAGCCGCACUGUGCUGCCAGAAGAUGACGACAGGGAGCGGAAGAUCACCCCCACUGAGGGUGAGAGGGAUGGCAUGUCGUUAAAUGACACUGAUUCUAUUGGGACCAGUCGGGAGAGGAGGGAUUCCGGGGUCGGGGCGUCCCUCACAAGACCGCGUGUGCGCUGGCCCAGUUUCAGGACGUCCGAUCAUCUCAAGCAGCCAUUGUCUUCCCUGCACAUCAGCAGCCAAUCAGCGUCUCAGCUCAGCCUGCUGCAGAAGUUCUCUUUACUCCGCCUCACCGCCAUCAUGGAGAAAUACUCCUUGUCCAAUAAACACGGCUGGACGUGGUCCGUUCCCAAAUUUAUGAAGCGCAUCAAGGCCCCUGACUACAAAGACAAGAGUGUGUUUGGCGUCCCCCUCAUCGUCCACGUGCAGCGAUGUGGCUUCCCGCUGCCCCUGUGUCUUCAGCGGGCCCUCAGCCAUCUCAGAAGCCACUGUCUGGACCAGGUGGGACUCUUCCGGAAGUCUGGCGUCAAGUCCCGCAUUCAAGUGUUGAGGCAGCAAUGCGACACGAUGCCCGACUCGGUAAACUACGACGACCAGUCCGCCUAUGAUGUGGCUGACAUGGUCAAACAGUUCUUCCGGGACCUUCCAGAACCUCUGCUGAGCAACAAGCUGGGAGAAACCUUCCUGCACAUCUACCAGUACGUCCCCAAAGAGCAGCGGCUGCAGGCAGUGCAGGCAGCCAUCUUGUUGAUGCCGGAUGAAAACAGGCAGGCGCUACAGAUGCUGCUCCACUUCCUGCGCGACGUCACGACGCAGGUGGACGAGAACCAGAUGACGGCCAUGAACCUUGCCGUGUGCCUGGCGCCCUCGCUCUUCCAUCUCAGCCUCAUGAAGAGCGAGACGCUCUCGCCGAGGUCGAUCCAGAGGAAGUACACCACCGGCCGACCGGACCAGAAGGACUUAAACGAGAACAUGGCGGCGACACAAGGACUGGCUCACAUGAUCACAGAGUGCCAGCGCCUCUUUCAGAUUCCCGAGGAGAUGGUGACCCAGUCCCGCAACUCCUACAUGGAAGCAGAUCUUCUGGUGCCCCCGCUGGAAGAGCUGGGAAAGGUCCGCGAGGAGGAUAUGGAUGAAGACGAGGAGGUGGAGGUGGUGGAUGAGGAGGAGGAGGAGUUUGAGGAGGGAUCCUAUCAUGCUCACCUUGAAAGGCUGGUCCAGAACCUGCUGAAAGAGGCCAAGGAUAAGAGUAAAGGAUGGGUGUCUCGCCCUGCCAUCGAGCACACGGAAGUGGCCUCGAAAAAGGUGGGUGAUGGAAACCCACUGAGGCGGUGGAGGGUCAGCACAGAGGUGACAGCCACGCCCACUGAGGUUCUGCACAGGCUGCUGAGAGAGCGCCCGAGCUGGCACACAGAACUACAGCAGGAGAAGGUUCUGGAGACGUUGGACAAACAGACGGACGUGUACCAGUACUCCUGCCACAACAUGGCACCCCAGCCCAGCACUGACUACGUGGUACUUAGGUCGUGGCGUUCCGACCCAAUGAAAGGCUGGAGCGCGCUGGUGUGUGUGUCGGUAGAACACGAAGACGGCCCACGCACAGGGGCGGUUAGGGGCGUGGUUCUAGAGUCCCACUACCUCCUCGAGCCUUGCAGCACAGCGGCCAGAACCAGGCUCACACACAUCUCCAGAGUAGACCUCAGGGGGCGCUCUCCAGAAUGGUACAACAAGGCGUACGGUUACUUGUGCGCUAACGAAGCCCACAAAAUCCGAGCCUCGUUCCACCCACUGGACCACAGCACCGAGUCCAAGUUGUAAACAGCCAUCAAGCUUUAUCUGAAAAGUGUAUGCUGUCAGUAGAACCAGUAGGAGAACUAGACCUGGAUGGCCCGCCGAGCCUCAUGGUACCAUCAUAUGUCCACAUACUGUUGCAACGAGUCAGCAUAAUGCCGCUGAGAAAAUUCACCGUUUUUGGCUUCCAAAUAGUCGUCACUGAUGUCAUCAUGAGGUCAAAUGACCUGCCAGCGGAAUACCCCAGACAUUACCAUCAGCAUCCAACAAGACCUCGUGUAGGGGUGCAGAAUCAAGACCUGGUUAAGGUUCUUGAAGAGAGGGACUGUCCUCAUGACGCUCACACUUGACUGGUUGUGUAGAAGAAGUGUUCUUGUUGUAAAAUGAUUGUGUACAUUGUGUCAUUGCUGUCAUACAAUGUCUGAGACAUGUGAUCAUUGCACUGCUUCUGGGAAGCAUGGUGUGUGUGUGUGUGUGUGUGUGUGUGUGUUGUAAACAGUAGCUUUUCAUCAGGGUCUUACUAUCAUAUUGAUAAGCUGAAAUAAGCAAUAAGAAAACUUAACUGCUUUACUCUUAGUGCUGCUGGAGGCUACGUCCUCAUGGUGAUGAUGCUAUCAUAUAAUAUCUCUACUGUGCCACCUGACUGUGUGUGUGUGUGUGUGUGUGUGUUAGCUGCGACCAGACUUAACACAAAAUUGUUGUUUUUAAAUAAAAUGAUGCAAAAAUGAGAGUUUCUUUUUCGUGGUAUUGUAUAUCCCUUUUUUGUCAUACUGGACGCAUCAUUAUUAGCCCGUGGAAUCAUAUGAUGUCUCCCAGCCAAUCAGUGAUAUGACUCAAGGGUACAAGCGCUGGGUUGACAGUCAUUCAAAUAUUUGUCUUCUUGCUCUGACACCGGACGAGUUCGUGAUAGAAGCAAUGAUUUCUGACUAUUUUUGGUAAAUUUGAACAAUCUUGGAGGAAACCGUCAACCAAAAUGAAUUGGGAGCAUCCUUGGAUGAAUUGCGUCAUAAAAAUACACACGUUUGACAA